GUCCGUCUGUCUGUCUGUCUGUCUAUGCUAUCUUUCCGUCUACUCUACCGUCGGGCUGGUCGGCCACUCAUCAACAUGAGAUUGAUCAGAAUUCCUCUGUGGGGUCAGUUGGCAUGAUUUCGACGGUGUCGCCCGAGUUGACCAUCGACACGCAGAUGUACCAGUCCUGGUGGCUGCGGGGCAGACCCGGGAUCUUGUACAGCUGCGGACCCUCCAACAUGCGACGGUGGACCUGUGUGGUGUGUGGGACACGCAGGAAGACGCAACAGGUGGGUGGGCCUGUAGGUGGUGUGCCUGUCCGCGUGUGUGUGUAUGAGUAACGUACCAUGGCCAGUAGUCCCGAUCGUCCGCUGUAUCUGACGACGGCGACGUCUCCCUCCCGCCACUUGCCCCAGCCCUCGAUGCAGCCCGUGUCGCGACCGCCCUGGAUCACCUCCAUUCCGCCCCAGCUGAAUGAAUCAAGACAGACGACAUUCAUUAUACAACGAGCCCUGUGGAUGGAUGGAUGCCUGUGGGGGUGGCGGUGGGUGGCUGGUGAGAUGUGAGAUGUGAGGUGUGAGUGGGUGGACCGACCCGUAGCAGGUGGCGUGAGGGACGACGCUAUGGUUGUUCUGGAGGCCCUCUGUGCUGCCUAUCAGACCGAUGAACAGCUGGGGCACACUGCCCAGCUGAUGAACCUACACACACAUCCAUCCAAACACACGAAUGCAGAGAAGAAAAGAGAGGUAGAUGGUGGAGGGUGUGUGCGUUGACUGGCGACAGGCGUGUGUGCGUACCUUUGCUUUGAAGUAGACGGUUGCGUCUCUGGUUUGGUUGACGGGCGGCUGCAUGAUGGCACAGCUAUAGCGGUCCCCCGCGUGCCUCACACAACGCUCAGACAGACGCAUCGCACCAGAUAUCACCUAACAGACAGGACAGUCAUAACAUACACCAAUAUGCACACCCACAUCCCUCCCUCCAUCCCUCCAUCCCUCCCUCCCUCCCUCUGUCUGUGUGUCUGUGCGUCUGACCUUGAAGUGGUACUCGAAGGGGAAGAGGUAAUCAGUCAUUCCCAGGUACUGCAGCAGGUGGCCGAACUCGCCUUGCUUCUCCUUCGGGAUGAUCGGCCGCGGGGCGGGCCGCCCAGGGCCCUCUAUCCGCUUGUUGCGCAGGAAGUUGAGCAGCGCCUUGAAGCAGUCCGGAUCAAAGUCGAGGAACACACUGGGAGCACACACACACAGAGAGAGAGCACCAAAAGGAUGGAUGUGUUCGUCAGGUCACCUCUCCUCCCACCCUCUGUGUGUGUGUGUGUGUGUACCUGCCCUGUUUGUCUCGUUUGACAGCGGCCUCCCACCUGCCGCUGAACAUGCUGGUGAGGAGGGAGGUCUCGCACUGACAGAGGGUGCUCCGCAGCACCGACAUCCGCUCACCGCCCACAUUCAGCUCUAUCACGUCCUCCUCGCACCCGCCCGAAGAUGAUGAAGGCGUCCCCGGCCGCUCUGAUGACAUGGCGCCCUCGCCCUCUCCCUCUCCCUCGCCGUCUACCGCUCCCUGUCUGUCCAUCUGUGUGGCGCCAUCCCUCUUGUUGUCGUGCUUGUCGCUACUCUCAUUCCUUCUCUCACUGGUGUGCGAGGCUGGUGUAGCGGGCGGGCCGGGAGUGACUGCCGGCUCUGAUAUGCGAUUAGGCGAUGAGGGGCUGCUGGACGGCGGCGGGUGCUUUUUGGCCAUCACGCACAAGCGGAAGCGCACCAGGGAGAACGUGGUUGCGUGCUCUUGCGUGUUUGAUGUUGUCCAGCUCCCUCCC